AUGGAGACCAUCCCCAAGGGCACCACGCAGGAGGACCUGAACUACAUAAAGCAGAAUGCGGGGUAUGCCUUGGCCAAGUCGUUGCUGUGGGCCAUAAAAACGGACACGGAAGGUAACGCGCAAAGUGGAGUGCAUCGGCAGCACUGUCAUGUUGACUGCUCGGUUGACUGUUCGGUUGACUGUCUUGUUGUAUUUACCCUGUUCACCCCACCACCACCAUUCUACCACCAUUGCCACCUGAGCAGACCCCCUGGCCCUGCUAAGCGCGCACCUCGCCAACGUGGCCUCCUUCAACGCGAAAAAAAAAAAAAAAAAAAAAUAUUAAUAAAAAAAAUAAACUCGUACAAUAUAAAGAUACGUGAUGAGAUAAAUAAAACCUUUUCCCAAAGGAAGUUAGCGGAUGUGUAUUCCUUCGCAAAAAGCAGUGGAGAGAAGGACUGGUUGGAAGACUGUGUCCAGUUGCUGCAGUUGAUAAAGCAAGUCUUCGAUGUAAAAAAUGUAUACGUUGGUAGGACAUACCUAACAGGACAGAAAAAGAAGAAAAAAAUAAUAAUCCGAUUUAUACAGGCUACUCAGAACUGUGAUUUAGAGAACGAUACCAUUUGUGACCAACGAGUGAACAGGAUCUUUACUAAAUCGGCGGGACACACUAAAGUGGACUGUUCUAUUUAUUCAAAGCUUUUUCCAUUUGAAACAGGUUUCCUUUUCCCACAAUUUGUGCAGACCGACUUCUGCUAUGACGACCCUGGAGAGGACCUGUUCACGUGGGUCAACCCACUUCACCAGGGGGGGAACUGCUUUCGCAGGGUGAAGAACGGCAUGGGGGUCUCACUCAGGGAAGAAGAGGUGACUGAGGAGGAGGAAAAAGAAGAAGAAAAUGAUCAGGUAGAUGAAGAAGAAGAGGUUGAUGAGGAGGAGGAAGAAGACGAAGUGGAAAGUGGAGUGGACGAAGAAGAGGAGCAAGAGCCACCCCUCAGCGAUGAACACAAGGACAGUGGCCACGACUCCACUCAUAACCCAAGUGAAGAAAAAAAAACAUCAAUUUGCAACGAAGAGGAAGAACUUCAAAUGGAACUACUGAACACCCUACACAUGAACCUGUCCUACGACUGCUUCUACAUUUAUGAAGUAAUGAGAGAAGACAAUUCCUUCCUCUAUGCCAAGAGGAAACCAGGAGACUUCCUUCUGAUCCCGCUUGUCUAUUACUCCUACUACGACUGGCACUUUCUGCAUGAGCUGUACUGCCUCCGGGAGAGGGCCUUCCUGCAGUCGACUGCACCAGGUGUGGAGCUCGCGCCACGUGACUCUGUCAAAGGGGAGGAAGACCAAGUUUUGGGCAACCCCGAAGAGGAAAAAAACGACGAAAAAGAUGAAGAAGUAGCUGAGGAACGGUCAGGCGGAAAGAACGCGAAGCCUAAGCUGGAUUGGAAAAAAGGCAUACCAGUGGAAAUGUGCCUCUGCCUAGACAACAGGGGCAGCGUGAACAAAAUGAGCAGACGGCAGAUAAACGACCUUAUAAACUUUUCCUACUUUUUAAUAACCCGGAUUGUGCUGGGGGAGCGCAAAUGUGUGGAGGAGCAGGUCAACUACAUGAUUAGCUGCCAGCACGGAGAAGAAAAGGAAGCCACUGACACGCUGAGGAGCAAAAUGAAAAGUGAAACCCACGAACAUAUCAUAAGUGAAUUUAAAAACACCUUAACAGAACAUCCUCUCCUGAACAAGUCCGAAGAUUUAACCAAAUGCAUGUGCCUGUUGCAGUGGACAAAAAAAGAAAUUGACACACAUCAGCAGAGGAUUCUCCAGACGAGUAAAAUAAAGGUGGAGUGGAACCAAAACUUCAGGGCGAUUUUACUGAGCUGCUACAUUUUGCUGGGUUAUGAUUACUCCUUGUUUGGUGCACCGGAUGGUGUGGAGGAUGCCCAGUGGGGGCAACUCAUCCUAUGUGUGAAUGCCUUCCUCAUCGAUAAACUGACGUCGUUUGACCCGCUGGUCUCCUUCGAAGAAAAACGAACCGAGGAGCUGUUCCAAAUGGAUGUACUGCUGGAUCAAGUUUCCUCAUCAAGAAAGAAAAAUGUACCCCCUCAAAUGGCAGGCAUAACUACUUUUGGAGUAACCCUCUUAGAUCACUUCAACAAAGUGACGAGGGACAUUUUAAAGGCAAUUCUCAAAGUGAAGGAAGAACAACCUGCCAAUGGUUCAUGA